UUGGAACACUACAAGAGGCUUUUGGUGGAGAGUAAAGACGUGAUGAAGGAGAAGGACAAGGAGAAGGAGUCGGCGAUGAAUCGAUUGAUGGAAGUGAUUGAGGACAGGGAUGGGGAGAUUCGGCGAUUGAAGUUGAGGUUGGAUGAGGCGGGUGGUAGUGGCGGCAAUGGACUUGGGACAACAGGAGGUGGUCAUUAUAUCAUUACGUAUGUAUUGUGA